AUGUCUCCCAGCGUUUCGAGCUCGGCUAGGAGGCUAACUAGCCAGACCCUUCGGAGCUGUAAAACCUCGUCAGUCUCCUGCUCCUCUGCACUGCGGCCCUUGAUCUCGACAGUGGCGCCCUUCUCAACCUCGAAACCCCGGUCGCAAGAGCAUGCUGCCCCAUCUCCGUCUCCGGCAGAAGAACUCCGUCGAUGGGCACGCACACCCGAGCGGAUGAAGGCCUCAUUUUCGCCUCAUAUUACCAAAAACCCUAAAAAUUCUGUUUGGACUGUCAACGAAGAUCCGGCGAAACUCGACGACGCCCUAAACAACCUGCUGGGCAAUGGUGGUGAGCGAUUGCUUCCCGAUGAGCUUAAAUGGCUUGCCAUCACGCACAAAUCUUUCGACCAGGGCCGUCGGGGUUUCAAUGACCGCUUGGCAUACUUGGGCAGGCAAAUUGCCGUUACAGAGGCCAUGCAAAGUAUUCUCAGCGAGAACGCAGGAGCACUUGGGGAGAAGACAAUGGAGAAGGAUCUUUUCGGAGAACGCAGAGAACCAUUUCAGAGCGAUAUGCUGGACAGGGCAGACCGGCUGAGCCAUCAGCUACCGGAUUCCGUCUUCGACUUGGAAAAGAUGCGGCGGUUGGCUGUCGAAACAAGAAUCAGCACAGUGGUGAGGUGGAAGCCGAGAAAGCCGGAAAGUCUGAAGGCCUCGGGUAUCUCAAUCGUCAUGUCGGGAGCGCUCUACGCGAUCGUGGGAGCCAUUGCGUUACAGCAUGGCGGAAAAGUUGCCAGCAGAGUGGUCAGGGAGCGAAUAAUAAAGAAGCUUAGGGCAUAA